CAUGCCCCCGAAUAUGCCCCCGAACAUGCCCCCGAACAUGCCUCCGAAUAUGCCUCCGAACAUGCCCCCGAACAUGCCCCCGAAUAUGCCCCCGAAUAUGCCCCCGAAUGUGCCUCCAAACCUGGCUCACAUGCCCCCGAACAUGCCCCA